CGCCCCAAGCAAAAAAAAAAUUGAUGCAGAUGAUAGAAAUGAUAAUUUGCUUUCAACCACUACCAUAACCAGACGGCUACUCAAGUGAAGAUGUCGGUAAAGAAGAUUGUUGUUUUACCAGGUGAUCAUAUCGGACCUGAGAUUGUCGCUUCCGCUGUUGAAGUUUUGAAAACUGUUGAAAAGAAGUGUCCUGAUCUGAAGUUUGAGUUUGAUGAGCAUCAGAUUGGCGGUGCAUCCAUUGAUGCCCAUGGUACACCUUUGACUGACGAGACAAUUAAGGCAUGCUUAGAAGCUGAUGGCAUCCUUUUGGGAGCUGUUGGCGGUCCCGAAUGGACAGAUCCCAACUGUCGUCCUGAGCAAGGAUUAUUGAAGCUUCGCAAAAGCUUGGGCGUUUGGGCCAACCUUCGCCCAUGCACCUUCCCUAGCAAGUCAUUGCUCAAGUAUAGCCCCUUGAAGGCUGAGAUUGCCGAGGGUGUUGAUUUUUGUGUUGUUAGAGAGCUUACUGGUGGUUGCUAUUUCGGUGAGCGUACUGAAGAUAAUGGCUCGGGUCAUGCUAUGGAUACCUGGCCUUAUAGUGUAGAGGAAGUUACUCGAAUUGCCCGCUUAUCUGCCUGGCUUGCACAAACUUAUGAUCCUCCUGCCCCUAUCACCUUGCUUGACAAGGCUAAUGUGUUGGCUACUUCCAGACUUUGGCGUAAGACUGUUGCCAAAGUUUUCAAGGAAGAAUUUCCUCAUUUAACAUUGAAGAAUCAGCUUAUUGAUUCUGCUGCCAUGCUUAUGGUCAAGAGCCCUCGCUCUUUAAACGGUGUUGUGUUAACGGACAACUUGUUUGGUGACAUUAUUUCCGACGAGUCAUCUGUAAUUCCUGGAAGUUUGGGUCUCUUGCCCUCUGCUUCUCUUUCUGGUAUUUAUGGUCAAACGGAGAAUCUUCAUUGUCUCGUUGAACCUAUUCAUGGCAGUGCUCCCGAUAUUGCUGGUCAAGGCGUCGUUAACCCAGUCGGUACUAUUUUAUCUGGUGCACUUUUACUUCGCUAUGCUUUGAAUGCUCCAAAGCAAGCUGCUGCUAUCGAAAACGCUGUUCGUAAGGUUCUUGACGACACAUCCAUUGGUGGUCGCGGUCUUUACACUCGUGAUUUGGGCGGCGAUGCCAAGACGCUAGACAUUACCAAGGCCGUUGUUGAGGAACUUGAGAAGAUUUUGUAAAGUCAAUAUCAGUCAACAUGCGCUACAUGCUUUUGAAUUCUGGUUCUGUUGAAAUUUUGAAAGUAACUACUAAAUGAUAUUUUUCUUUUUCAUAUGCACGGAUUGAGUACCAACAAGGGUUUUGCCAAAUAGA